CUGUAUAGGAUCACGACCGAAACAAACGGUGGCAAACAUUACAAAUGGGUUUGUUGCGAUCAUUUUCAUCCGACGUAUGACAAAAAAAUACAGAAAGCGUUCGAAAAAGCAGUGGAGAUGAAUGGCGGCAAAUAUGACUCGCAGGCUGGUAAAGCGACCAUCACAUUGAAAUCAAAAAAAAGAGCUAAAGAAUUCUUCGGCGCUUUGGCCAAGGCAAGCCGUAUUUAUGAACUGGAUAUCACAUUCAGUUGGGAUUGGGCCAAGACUGAUCUUGAAGCAUUUGAGAGUGCGCUAAAGAAGUCAAAUGUGUCGAUUCUUCGGCUUGAACUUGGACAGUUUCAAGAAAGCAGCAGCAGGAAGCUACUUCCAACAUCCACACUAUAUGCAAUACUUACUCGCACCAUAGAGCAUAGCAACAUGAAGGCGAUUCAUAUUGUUCUAUUUCCGGAUCUCAACAAGCCUUCCAACCUGCAGCUCAAAGGCUUGCCGUACCUUCAUAAGUUAACCAUUGAGAUGAACUCGCGAGAGAUUGGACCUAGUGAACUUCAAGCACUUGCAAAGUCACUCAAGAUCAAUACGGCUUUGACUACUUUGGACCUGAGGGACAGUCCAAUUAGGGGUGAAGGAGCCCAUGAACUGCUAGAGGCCCUCAAGGAUAACGAGACUUUAACCACUAUGAGCUUGACAGGUAAUUUAAUUGGGGAUGAAGGAGCUGUUACGUUGUCAGAAUCACUCGAGAACAAUAUGACUUUAAUUUCUUUGCAGUUGGAUGGCAACUCGAUUGGGGAUAACGGAGCGCUUGCACUGUCAAAGGCGCUCAAGGUCAACACAAAGUUGACCACUCUGAAGUUGGGAAAUAACUUAAUUCGGGAUGAAGGAGCCCAGGAAAUGUCAGAGAUGCUCAAGAGCAAUAACACAUUAAGCGCAUUGCACUUGGAUGGCAACUCAAUCGGGGAUGAAGGAGCUCUUGCACUGUCAGUGGCACUCAAGGCUAAUGUGACUUUAACUACUUUGGGCUUGGAAGGCAACUCAAUUGGGGAUGAAGGGGUUCUUGCACUAUCAGAAGCACUCAAAGUUAACACGACUUUGACCACUUUGUGCUUGGAUGGCAACUUGUUUGAGGAUGAAGGGGCUCUCAAGCUGUUAGAGGUAGUCAAGACCAAGACGAAAUUCAACCUUAUUACGUGAG